CUUCUUUGUUUUUCAACGAGUGAAAUUAAAAGAAAAUAAAUAUUAGUAUUUCAAUCAUGACUAAAAGACAAAAAACAACACUAUUAUAAUACGCAGAGGCUCCUGUCGACGAAAAGUAUCUCAAAGCUUUUUUCGGAGCCGAACUGGGAUGGGACGUAAAGUACCACGAAGAUUGCAACGAAGCUGAAGUACAAGAGCAUCUCAAAGAAACAAGGACCAUUCUGAAGGACGACAAGUACAACAAUGGAUCAUUCAAAUAUUAUUGUCUGUUUGUUGCAGUGAUGAGUCACGGCGGUGAGGAGUAUUUCCUAACCAAGGAUGAAAAAGAAUUCAAAUACGCUGAUGUAUUUAGCGAGUUCACAAACGGAAAGAUACCCGAAUUUGCAGGUAGACCGAAGGUGUUCCUAAUGCAAAGUUGCAAGGGAAAGGAAGUACAGAAUGAAAUACUCAGUGACCACGUACGUGAACAAUGCCCCAUCUUAGAUGAUUCUGAUAUCCUAGUGAUAUGGGCAACGACACCAGGCUGCAAAGCAUUUGGGAGAUCUUCCGAUGGAUCAUUUCUGAUUGAAGUUACCAUAAACCACUUCCAGCAGAAGUUUGCAUCAGAUGACGUCGAGUGUAUGCUGAGUGACAUUCGCCGCACCAUUGCGUAUGGUCAAAAGUACCGAUCGACCCCAGGCGCAAAUGUACCAUACAGACAAAUGCCUUGCACGUGGUCGACACUUACCGAUAAACUUUACCUUAUAAGGUACCAGUGUGUGUUACAAAAAUAUCCUCGAUAAUUUUUUAAAUUAUUUUGCUCAAUCCACAUCCUUUAUUAUGGAAAUGUUAUAUUAAACUGAAACAAAAUAAGACACUUUUCGAUU